GUUUACAUCCGGGCAUCUGUCGCCACAGCAAACAUCUUCCAUGUUGAAUUUUUUGAAAUCUUUCGAAUAAACUUGAAAUUUAGGAGACAAUACAGUAAAAGAGCAGGAUGAGUCAGGGCAAUGUCAGCUCUAUUAUGGGGGAUCUGGGAUGGGAUGAAGGCUUUUCUAUGCCUGUGGCCAAUACUGAAAACAAAUCUUUAGAAGAAUCAGUACAAAGAAAACAGAAAUCUAUAGUACAGAAUAAGAAUGAUCUUCGGGAGAAUGAAGACCGCGUCAAUGCCAUGUCAGAGCAUCUCAAAAAUGUACGGCAAGAGUUGCAACACACACAGGGUCUCGUCAAUGCUAGAAAGAAUGAAGCAGAGACUGAAGAUCAUAUGAGAAAGAUAGCUGAGCGUGAGGAGGGACGUCUCACACAGGAAGUGAAGCGACUCGAGAGGGACUUGGAGGACCUGAAAGAAAAGCGUAAUAUCUUUGAAAACAACAUAUUCAAGCAGACAGAGAGACUGGAGGAGAUGAAGUCUCAGAUGAAUUGGGACCAGCAGGCCCUGGAGGCAUGGCUAGAAGAAUCAGCAAGGAAGGAUGAGGAUGCUAUGACUCUACAGAAAUACUCACGUCAUGAUGAGGCUAAAGUCAAGGAACUCUCCCUCAGAAUAGAAAGACUCACAGAUGAAUCUGGUGAGAAGCGACGUCAACUGGACCAUGAGAUGACAUCAACACUGACAUGUCAGAUAGAGCUUGAUAAAACAGCUGAGGAGUUCCGCAAAGCACAUGCUGAGAGACAGGAGCUGAUAAAACAGUGGGAGUACACGAUAGAGCAGAUGCAGAAACGUGACAAAGAAAUGGACCUUCUUGCUUCACAACUUGCCAGAGUGAAGGCAGAAGUCAGGCAGCGUGAAGACAUGAUCAAAGAGAAACAACAAUUUCUCGAUAAUGAAGUUGAAAAUAAUCGAGAGCAAGAAAAGAAAAUCUCGCUCUCAGAACGAGCUGCUGCUAAACUGCGUAUAGAUUACCAGGAGGCUGAAACUACCCGCGAUCAGUUCCAGAAUGAACUUGAGGCUCUCAAAAGAACUGUUGAUCGAACAAAUGUAGAUCUAGAGUCAACACGCUCACAUGUAGCUCAGCUGAAGCGUGAUGUCAUAGAUAAAACCGAAAAGUUAAGGCAGGCACAAUUGAACAGAGAAAGACUCCAAGAGAAGCUAAAGAUGUGUAUAGAUGCAGAGAUGACUGCUGAAGAAAGAGCUGCUCAGAUGGAUGAACUCAUGCAAGAAGAAGAAAAGAACCAGAAGGAAAUUGAUACAGAACUAAAAAGACUCAGAGAACUACAGUUCAAGAAGACUCAAGAACAAUAUGAAAUCAAUACCAAGGAACGCAACACAGAGGCUGAAAUUCAGGGUAGCAGGGCAGCAACUAGGAACCUGAAUAGUAAGAUUAACAAAGUGGACCAUGAUUCCUUGAAGCAACAGGAAAUCAUAUACAACCAGGACUUUGCCAUACAGCAAUUAGAGAGGAGGAUCAAUCGCAUGCAGGGUGACCAUACAAAUGAAGAAAAGCUACAACUAGAAGCCAAAAUCAAAGAUCUCACAUCAGAGUUAGACUCUAAAACAAACACUAAUUCAUUGCUAAGCAACCAACUUAAGCGUCUCCAAGACGACAUUCGCAAAGUAAAGAGAACAUUAGAAAAGACAGGAGGUGAGAAAGAAGAUCUAACCAUUAAAAUUGAGGAGUUGGAUCUUCAUAACGACACAUCUAAGAAAGAAUUGAAGAGACUCGUAAGAUCAAAACAGGACUUGAUGGUGGAUGAAAAUGUACUUAAGCUGGAGAUUAAGAGAUUACGUGAUGCACUGUUCAGUAAGGCGGAUGAGGUGUAUACUCUGGAGAAGAGGAGACUGCAACUGGACACAGCAAUGAAAGAGCGCAGGAAUGAGAUCAACAUUCACAAAGACAUGCUCAGUGCCCAAGUGAAGGCAGCUGAUGAUGAGAGACAACAAAUCAGUGCUGAGUUACAUGAAAGAAUUGCCAAAAUAGAUAAACUACGCAAGAGGUAUGAGAUUCUCAUGGUAUCCAUGGCUCCACCAGAAGGAGAGGAGGAGAAGUCCCAGGCUUAUUAUGUUAUCAAGGCUGCCCAAGAGAAAGAGGAACUCCAACGUGAAGGAGACGACUAUGAUGCCAAGAUACGUAAAGCUGAAAAGGAGAUCAGAGCAUUGGAGAACACACUCAGAUUGAUGAAUUCAAGGAAUGAAACUUAUAGGAAAAGCUUUAACAAAGUUACAGACACUAGUGAUGAGAUGGAAGAAAAACAACAAUUAGAUGAACAACUACGUGCUGUCCUCGACAAAUACAAGUACAAACGUCGCCAAAUCCGUGAAAUGCAAGAGGACCUACAAACCAUGAGCCACACGCUAGACAACCUUACACGUGAUGAGGAUGCGUAUGUUGAAAUGAUGCAGGAGAAACAGAAUAAGGUCUUACAAGUCAAUAAAGAGCUGGAUGAUCAGAAAGCAAAGCUUGAUAGAGUCACAAAACAGAAUUACAAAUACGCCAGAGAGGUGCGCUCAGCUGCCAAACUGAAGAACGAUACCCCCGAGGAGAAAGAUUUUGAACUGAGAGAAAUGCGAGAUUUCAACAAGAAUGCAAUCAAAAUGUUUGGAGAUGUCACUCAACAAAACCCUGAUUUAGCUCAAAUAGUUCAUCUAUAUUUCACACAGGCUAAUCUACCUCCACCCCCUGCCCCUGGGAGUCAACCUGGCAGUCGAUUUAGUUCCCGUCCAUCCAGUGCACGUAGCAGUCUCUCCUCACGCAGUAGUGCCUCCACUGUGAAGAGCUCUCCCAGUGCGUCAAAACCAGCCGCAAUAGAUAUAGGUGGAGCUUUUGAACAAGGUGGCGCUCCUUCAUCACGCAGUUCCACUUCAAUGAGCAGUGUAAGGAGUGGCAGAAGUGGGCGGAGCCAAGCAAGCAGUAGACGAUAACCUCAUGCCAAAUAUGGUCAAUGAUACCAAAUAUGAACUGUCCAAAAAUGACAUUCCAUAACAAGAUGAAUGUUUUCAGUACAACAUUCAUUAUGUUGUAUUAACAUGUUGUAUAAAAUGUAUAAAGUGUAAAUAUUGUUAAAGCAUAUUUUAAAUAUACAGUAAAUAUUAACAUGUCUGAUUUGGCAUGUAGAAACAUAAUGUAUUUGCACAUGAAAAUGUAAUAAAUGAAAGUGAAAUGUA